AUGGGAUGUGUGUCAGGAAAAUAAAAAUAGAAAAGAGCUUUAUUUUAAUAUGAGAUAUAUGAAAUAGCUCAACCUAUUGCAAUAAAAGAAGAAAAAAGAUAUGAUGUUAACAAAAAUCCAAUAGUUUAGCGAAGAGCAAAAAGUAAUUCUUAAACUCCUGACUAACAAAAUAGAACUAAGCAAUAUUCCGACUAGCUUCCAAUUACCAAGCCUUAAUUUUGA